ACUAUGUCUGGGAUGGAGCCGACAGCUAAAGGACGGACUGAAAAAAGUUUCAGCUACGUUGUCAGAGCCCCCAGCAGCGAUGGGUUUGAUAUAAUGAACGUCGAUGUGAAGAUCGACACGUCCUGGAUCUUCCAGGAUGUAGAGGAGACUGGUGAGGAGCCGGGAUGUCUUCCAGAAGAAGCAGCUAGAAGCCCAGACGUGGACACGGGAACACUCAGGAAGCAACUGGAAUCCUCAGAACAGAAGCUGUUGGUAGCUGUGGACAAGUACGUGAUGUCAGAGUCUGGGCUGAGGAGCAGAAUUCAGGAGCUGGAGCUGUCGGAGAGGAAACUCCUCCAGAAGGUGGACCAGCUGAGCGCCCUCGUGUUCCAGGAGAGAAGUGCCUCUCUCCGGGCCCAGGAACAGCUGGAGGCGCUGCAGGGGGAGCUCGCCAGCCAGGUUCAGGAGAAGGAGCGCGCGGCCCGGCGGCAGCGGUGGCGGCUGCGGCGGCUGCGGGAGCGGCUGCGGCGCAAAGACGAGGCGCUGGGGCUGCAGGCGGCGGCCCUGGAGCGCGGUCGGCGGCUCCAGCGGCGCCAGCUGCGACUGGUGCGCGAGCAGGAGCGCAUCCUGCGAGCGCAGGUGCAGCGGCUGGAGUUGGACGUGCGGCGCCUCUGCCACGCCGCGGGCCUGCUGCUGGCCGAACUGGACGCCCCGAACCAGGGUGGCCCCCGACUCCCGGGCCCGACCAGUCCCCGAGGCGCUCCCGAGGAGGCCGCGGAGCCGCGCGCGCUGCGGGCCAGGGCCGAGCGCGGCGAGCGCGAGCGGGACCAGGCGGCGCGCCGGCUGCGGGAGCAGCGCGCCACCGAGCGGCUGCUCCGCGGGCAGCUGGAGGAGCUGCGCUGCUGCAUCUAUGGACUGAAGCUGUCGGAGAUAGGCCUGCAGGGCCAGGUGGAGGAGCUCGCCCAGCAAAACAGGUGCCUGCGAGAGGAGCUGGGAGCCCAGGCCCCCCGAGAAAGAGCGCUCAGCACGGCCCCUGCUGGUCACGGUAGCCUGGACGCCCUGGGCUGUGUUCAGGACGAAUCGCUGCCCCUGCCCUGGGAGGAGGCUCCGGAUGCCUGCGGAAACCGAGGCCCUGACGGGGUGCCUGGACCAAGGGGCUCGGCAGGCCAGCCCUCCGAGGGGCCCCGUGCCUGGGACUGCAUCGGGGCUGGACAAGGCACUGCUGUCUUGAUCCCAGGCCCGGAGACCACGGACAAGUUCCCAGGAGACCUCGCGGGAUCUGACCGUGGACAGUUUACUCCGGCUGAGCCCAGCUUGGGCGAACAGACCCUCCUUCUCAUCUGUGGCUGCCCCCCGGGGCAGGACAUGGACAGCUCACUCCUCCCGGUGGAGCUGGCCUGGAUUUCAGAGCAGAACCUAGCAGCCACCCUGGCCCAGGUGUCCUUCCUCCCAGUGCAGACAUGCACACGCCCUCCCUGGGGGCAGGCUGGGGACUCGGCUCCCCUGCCACUACUGCAGCUGCUCCUGGAAGAUUCCCCAGAAGAACUGCAAGCCCAACAGGUGCUGGAGGCCAGGCCCCCGCCUGCUUCCUCCGCUGCAGGACACCCCAGCCGGGAUCAUCGCCAGGCAAGGAGCCACGAUGCCUCCCUCUGCCGGGAGUCCCCAUGCAUUUCAAAUCACCAAUUUUCCAGGAGAGGCCCCAAGGGCCUAAAAGACUCUUGCAAGGAGGGAGGAGGAACCCCAGAGUGGAGACCGGAGAUGCGGGAGGCGAGGAGGACCGGCGGCAGGAAGGAGGAUGACCUCGGUGCCAGGGCUCAGUCAAGUCAGGAAAGCCGUGAGAACCUGAGCCUGGAGGCUGGUGUCAGGGCCCCAGAGGGUGUAUGGAAUGAGCACGGGGCUUCCGAACCCCCGGCUGCAACCUCCUGCCCUGGGCCCAGGCGGGAGCUUCCACUGCCCCUUCUUCAGGGGGAGGCCUCAGUGUCAACGGAGGGUCCUGAAUCCCUGAGCAGGAGGGGGUGGGGGGGAAGGCAUGUCUGGAGCCCCCAAGAAGGAGGAGAAGGGGGAGAAGGGGGAGGAGGGCUUUCAUCAUCAGAGGAGGAAGAGGCUCCCACAGCCGCCUUCUCCAGGGCCCACGGCACCAAUGGGCCGCCUCCGGCAGGUGCUCCAACCCUUGCAGAGCAGGGCAGAGCCAUCAGGAGAGUUCCGGGCAAGGAGGAAGACUGCGUGUGGUCUGGAAAUGCUCUGCUUCUCCCAGAGGAAAGCCCUGAGGACAAAGGACAGGAAGAGGAGGAGGAAUUGUCGCAUCUCCAAGGGUCCAGCCCGGGCCACAGGGAUGUCCGGGAGGAGCCUGGCUCCGACGACUGUGAAGCCAAGGAAAUGCUUUUCCUACUGCAGGAGGGAGGUUUGCCACCGUCUCCUGGAUUGGCUUUAUGGCCCGAGGGGGCCCAACCUACCAGUCACUCCCGGGCUCCGAGCAAAGGCCGUGAGGGAUCUGCGUUAAAAAUAGAGGAAUUUGAAGAGGAGAUGGAGGGUUGUUUCCAGCAACUCUCUAUCCUGAAGCCUGGGAGUGGGGGGCAUGGCCAGAAAGCUUCCUCGUUGGCAGGAGAGAACUGGAGCUUUGCUCGGAGAUGGCACAGCUGCCAGGAGGACGCGUAUCCUCAGCAGGCUUUGGCAAACCAGGAUCUCGAUAUUUGUUAUGCCAAGGAAGCAAACCCCGAGGAGCCUGAUGAAGACGUUAAGCUGGGAGAGAAUGAGGCCCUAGGCACUGGCGAAGUUCUUCCAGGGCCGGUGCUGGAUUUGGUCAACCUGAGCCCGGGCCCGCCAGAGGGGCCCUCUGAGUGGGGUCGGAACCAGCUCUCUCAGCAGCCGAGAGCCCUCGAGAGAGCAAGGACGAGCUUUCAUCAGCUCAUUUCUGGAUUGAAGACGGAGAGAAGCAAAGUUUUACGUGACAACGCCAAGCUUCAGGUAGAUCAGGAACGAUGCCACAGAAAACUGCGUGUCCUGGAAAAAGAGAGGGAGAGAAAUGUGAAAAAAAUAUCUGCACUCAAACAGGAUAACAGCGUGCUGUUAGGAGACAUCUCUCACGUAAAGAGGGAGCUGGACCAGUACGUGCAGGUCAUUUCUGACCUUGAAGACUGUAACAGGAAAAGUUACUGCAAAAUUUCUGAGCUCGAAGAGGAAAACGAGAGAUUGAAAGGGCACCUUGGGCAGCUCCGGAAAGCCAUGUCUGCGAGCAUCCGAAAAUCCAAAGGCGUGAUGGAGUGCAUCACCCUGGAAAACUGGGAGCUCAGUGCACUGAUUUCGGAACUUGGGGUCAGUUAUAAAGAGCUGAUAAAGGAUAUAGUGCUGGGAAUAGAAGACAUGAUCCAAGCCUUCAGAGGGGAGAAUGAACACCUUCUACAAAGGAUCCAAGUCCUGGAGGGGGAAGUCAUGUGGGGGAGCAGCACAGAUGGGGGACCUUUGGUGAGAGCAGAGGAGUAUCUCCAGGGAAAAAACAUGAUGGCGGUGGACCAGGUGAACGCUGUAGAAAGGGGGGUGCAGGUGACUGAGAUUUCAGGGCAACUGACUGCAAGAGGCCCUGGGCCACCCUCGGAGCAGGAAAUGGGUCUGGCUGGAGGGUGGACGGGACCUUGUUUAGGCCUGGAGAAUUCCAGGUGCGGUGCUGAUUCUCCUGCUACAUCACUGGUCUGGGGAAAUACCGCAGGAUCCAGUGCCCUGCAAGGAAACACCGAUGGGGCAGGAGUGAACGAAGCACAUUUGGAGAAGGAUGACAAAAGACCACGGUGUUCUGCAGACCAAGGGCGAGCUCUGAAGUCCCCACGCAGUGGCCCCCGGCUCCAGGACCCUGAAGCUGAGGCUUCCAAGGAGGACCUCAGGCUGUGCGUCAGACAACUUCGUCACCAAGUGCUGACCCUGCAGUGCCAGCUCCGAGACCAAGGGUCUGCACACCAGGAGCUGCAGGCUUCUCGGGAUGAGGCUGCCCGUCUCCGGUGUGAGCUCAAGGACAAGCUUGAUGCACUUCAGAAAAAGCACCAGGAAGCAAAUUUGGCUGUGACUCCUUUGAAGGCUAAGCUGGCUUCCCUGGUCCAGAAGUGUCGGGAGAGGAACCACCUGAUCACACACCUGCUCCAGGAGCUGCACAGACACGGGGUGGAGAACCACCAGCUCUCUGAGACGGCAAGCAACAUGGUGAAUGACGUGGCUCUGGCUGAGUACGCAGCCACCUUCCUGGCUCCGGGGGUCCCACAGACGAGCCAUCACCUGGACGUCGAGUCUGAGAAGACAACAGUUGUCAGAGCUCAGAAAUACCUCCUGAAUCCUGAAAUGGACAGUGUCCUCCAAAGACCUUUGCAUUCAGAGUCCUGGCCUAUUCCAGAGGCUGAGUGGCCAGCACAGACAGCUCAACUGGGUUCUUUGAAGCUUCCCUGGCCCUCGGGGCCGACGCCCGACCCUGGAAUGUGCCAGGCUUCCAUCGCUGUGGAACCAGGGCUCCCUGUACAACGUCUGCAAGAAAAAGGUGGAAUGUCCUGGCCUGGCCUCCAAGCUGAGCACCUCCUGCCAUCCCCCGAGCUCCUGAGCCCCGCAAGGAUCCUGGCUUUGCAUCAAGAACUUCGACAAAGCAUCUACAGCACUUCCCAGGUCAAUAAAUCACCGUUGGAGUUAUAAAUGCAAUAGGACCACUCACUCUCUGGGGCCAUUUCCUAGACUCCGUAAAUAUUUGAAGCAGAACUUUCAGAGAACGUCUUAAGAAACUGGUAGCAAUCAAAACCCUCAUUCAGUGGCAAGUGGCUUUGCCUGUGGCUUGGGGAUCUGUGUUGAUUGUCAGAGCUCAAGAGAAAUACUGGACUUGCAAAUUCUUAGGAGUCCAGCUUUGCAAAUAUCCAGGCAGCAAAGGGAAUAUUUUCUGUUCCAAAACCUACCGAGUGACCGGCCCAGUGGCUCUCCACUGGGUCUGAUGCCCCCAUCCCGCAGGGCAAAAUUUGACAACGUCUGGAGAAAUUAUUUGUUGUCACAGCUGGGAAGCUGCCACUGGCAUCUAGUGGGUAGAGGCCAGGGAUGCUGCUAAACACCUAUAGUGCACAGGACAACCUUCUAGAACAAAGAAUUGUCCAGCCCAAAUGUCAGCAGUGCCGGGGUUGGGAGACUCUGCCCUGAUCUAAUAGCUCCUAACAUUGUCAGCUGCAGAGAACUGUUUUGUUAUUUUCCUGCCUGGGGCCCUUCCCCAUGUUUUAAAAGGUUUUUGUCUACCAAAGGAGACAAUUAAAGUAAUUAUCUCUUUCACAUUUUAAAACCUUAAGACCAGUCAGAACUUUCUGAUAAGUCCGUUCAUUCAACAGACAUUUGUGGACGUCUAAUAUACACCAGGCAAUAUGAUAUGAGGGAGAAAGAGGCGAGUCCACAUUGGCCCCUGCCCCAGGGGCUCACAGGGCAGCAGAGGCACACAUGUAAACAGCUCACCGUGCAGUCAUGGUUAAGUGUGCCGUGAGGUGUGAGACAAAGGGCUUUGAAGGCAGUUCUGCCUGGCUUUGGGGAAUGGGAGGUCAUUCCAGAAGGAAUGGCUGAGCAGAGCCCAUAGACCUAACGAGGUAAGGUGUUCAGUACAUGGGUGAGGUGGGGAAGGAGGGAACAGCGAGGGCAAAGGCUCUGAGGAUGAAACAACCAGAGGGGGGAUGUGCAGAGUAACCCUUUGCCAAGCCAGGUGCAAAGAGUCACUGCCUCAUCCCUACCCAGCACCGCUUACUUCCUCCGGGAACAGGACCCUGCCCUGACCCACGUGUGGGACCCAGAGGUAGAAGAAGAGUCAAGGGGGCUUGGGCCACAGGUGCCCAGAUCCUGUGCCCGGGCUCACCCUUCAGAGACAUCAUCUCUCUCCUUAGGAGGGGCUGGUGAGGGGCUUGUCACAUAAGGACAAGGAAGGACCGGGACAAGAAACCGAGGGCUCCCAGGGCAGUAGGCAAAGCAUAUUGAUUUUAUUUUAAUGUAUUUUAGCUUUGUAUGUGGAAAUGAAAAGCGCAAAGAGUUCCCACACACCCUCACCCAGCUUCCCCUGACGUUAACACCUUACGUACCUAACCAUAGCCCAAGGACAGAAAUGAAUGCAUUUAUUUUGAGGAAGACUGGGGGGGGGCAUCAAGGCAUAAGAAAAGCACAUCCAUGAGCGAGCAUCAGCUCAUCAAGCCGCCACCAUCUUCAUUAGCCCACGGGGCUGUCAUGGGUCAUCACGUCCGUCCACAGUUCCCUGGAUUAGGUCACCAAUGGAUCCACCCAUUCAUUUGUUCAUUAAGCAUUUAAUUUAACUGCCAUGUGAACUCCGCAACCUCGGGUAGGUGCUGGGAAACAAGGAUACAGAAGAUGCCCAUCUCCAUCCUCCAGAACCUCCUGUGAGCCCUGUGGCCCCAUCACACACCAAGGAGUCCCCAGAUUGGAAACCACUGCAGUCAUCACUUUCACGGUUUGAAUCAGCACCGCCACCCCAUAACUGCCAAUUGUGCGGCGUCCUGCAGAGCUGAUCUGUACGCUGGUUUGUGCUCACCUCUUCUGCCCUCUCCUCCCUUUUUCCUGGGACAAUGCCAUCAGCUUUGAGCACCGGGAGUACACUGAAGACAGUCUAUGAACCGGCUGAUGUCGGGGUGAGCAGCCAGCUAAGCCACAGGGCUGAGCCUGCCGGAGGCAGUCAAGGCCAUUUCUGGUCCCCAGAUUCUCCCACCAGGUUCAGACAUCCGUGUUCUGUCCCUUGAAUUCUCCCUCCCGCCUCUGCUCACAUGCUGGGCUUCAGCAGAAAGGCCACCGGGGAAAAUCCAUUAAAGAAGCCGCGGCAAUCUUUGCAGCGUGGCCCGAUGAUUCCAUAAUAAAUCACGUUCUGAAGCCAGGAGCCACUUACUAUUAACCUGAGCCGUGAAUCGCCUGGGGCUGCACUUUGGAUUUCCUCAAGCUGGGUCACUGCUUUGUGCUGUGAUUCCUCCUGGUGACACGUUUGCGAUGGUGGAUGGUAGACUGCGGCAUUUUCCUUGCCUCGACCGAAGACUCCCAUCCUUGGGAGGGGCCCCGUGUUCCCCUGCUGCCCGCUUGGUGGGCCUGAUUGGGCCAGGGCCCAACCUGGUCAGAUGCUCCCAGGCGAGGGACAGGACCUGCUCGGGCGACCGAGUGGGGACAGGCAGGAACCCAGCCCGCAGGAGCUGGCUCGGGCCGCCCCUCCCACCACGAGUGACCCAAGGCCUCUGGAGACCAGCCAGAUGGACCAGCCCAGCUGCCUCUGCAGAAAACAAUUUGUCACACGGGGCUGUCAGCAAGCAGCAGUGGACGCCUUCUUGGGGGGUGCCUGGCCGAGCUACACAGAGAAGGAGCCCUGAACACAGUGAGGUAAAUGCACACCCCGCCCCCGCUGCUGCGAACCACCUGGGCUUUUAGGCAAAUCGGGUGAGAGGGUUGACUUGACCCCUGGCCAAGCGGUUCAGGUGCUCAGUGCAGCCUCUCCUUGUGCCUGAUUCACUGCCAUUCACUGCCAUGCCCUUCUGGGAGGCAUUUUGCUCCUGCAGCAAAGCGGUCUGUUCAGCAAAUAUUUCCCUGAGAACCUGCCGGGGCAGACGAGGCACUGGGGGGCUGGGUCUCAGGGGUCUCACACCAGGUCCGCGUCCUCCAGGCUCCUGCGGGGAUGGAUGCGCAGAUAGCUGGAGACUGCGUGGCGUAAGCAGGGUGCAGCAGGGAGAAUGCAGGGUCCAGGGGCGCAAAGCAGUGGCUGACCAGCGAGGGAGGCGUCAGGGAGGGUCAGUGGUGACUGAGGUGGACCCCGCAGAUGAGCAGGGCUCAGCCAGGGAGAGAGUCCUUGCGGGCGGGGGCAAACACACAGGCACAGGCUUGGGGUGGUGUUGGGGGUAGGAAACCAGAGGUGGAUGGAUAUACAUGUGCUUCUAUAAUCCCGCAGUGGAAGGUGCUGUCUUUCUGUGCAAUCCCACUGUGACCUUCCUGUUUGAUUUUACAUGUGUCUUUAGUAUAGGGAAGACAUUUUCAUGCUUCAAGAUUCAGAAGGCACAGAAAUCUAUAUGGUGCAAGUCUCCCUCCCAGCCCGGUUCCCCUCCCAGAGGCAAACAUGACCCCAGUUCCUUAUGACUCCUUCCAGAGAUACCCUGUGUAUUCUAAGCAGUCACACACCCGCACACACACACGCCCGUUUUACCUCAAUGCCUGUGCUCUGGUUUUUUCAGUUCAUUUAUCUCGGUGAUCAUUCCCCAUCAGAACAUAAAUUUUGUUCAUUCCGUUUUUAAACACUUGCACUGUUUUCCAUUGUGUGGGUUUUACUAGCUCCCUUUCAAGGGACAUUCGCAUUGUUUCUGAUCUUUUGCUGCUAAAACCGGUGCUGUCAUGAAGAUGCUUGUACAUCCAUCCCUUCACUCACGUGUGAAUUCAUCUGAGGGCAGAUUCCUAGAAGAGGAAUUUCUGGGUCAGAGCAGAGAAGCCUUUGUCACUUUGAGAGCCCUGUCCACACCCACUCCCCGCCCCAUUUUGAGACUGUACAGUUUUCGCUCCCCCUCACGAUGCUUGGGGGUCCCCGCCAUCAUGCACCCUAGGAUGUGCUGAUUCAAUUCAACAUUUACUUUUUGAGCCUCAACCAUGGACCAGCGUGGUUUGAGGCGGUGAACUAGACAGAUGGGGCCCUGCCCUCAGGAGGAGGGGAUACAUCAAACUGGGGAGACGGCUCAGUGAACAGGACCCCAGCGAGGGACCGUCCGUGUUUCCAUCCUGCAGGCACUGACCGCCUGGACAGGAGGGUGAUGCGUGGGCAUGAGUGACCUCAGUGCAGGGAACCUGGGAUAUGGCCACCAGGAACGGACAGCUGAUAAGGCCCUGAGGAAUUUGGAGGCCAAGGGGGAGGAGAGGAGGUCGCGUCUGGGCUGAGCCAUGAUGGGCGAUAUUGUCCUGAGAGCAGAAGUGGUGGCCUGGGUGGAGGCCAGUCAGGAAGGGACCUAGGGCUUCUGAGCUACGCUUAUGCCAGAGACUGUGCUCAGUGGUGGACACUCCAGCCCGGGUUUCCCCGGCUGGAGAAGAGGAAGCCGGAGGAGGGCUGGCAGGGGCCGGGGCAGAGGAGGCAUGGGCGGACAGUCCCACGUGGCAGUUGGUACCCAGGCCGGCUCUCCCGAGCAGGUGGAUGGGGUGUGGGCCCUGAACACAGAGUCCUACCUUCACAUCCCAGCCCCACCAUGCUCCCCACCUGCGGGCCUUGAGCCAAGGCCCCUGAAGGCUUGGUUUCCUCCUGAGAAAAUGGAAAUAACAGCAUCAUAACCUCGUCUUACCUCACUGGCAUCUCACAGGAGAUGCCCCGUGACCAGCGCCUCGCCAUGGCCCUCCCAGCCCAGGUGCGCAUCCCUCCUUCUUUCCCUCUAAUGCUGGGAGGCAGGUGGCCCAGGAGCUGAGCACACAUGCCCUGCCUGGGUUUGGGCUCUGGCUCCUCUCCUCACCUCUCCUCUCUGUGCCUCAGUUUUUUACUCUGUACAAUGGGGGUGCCUACAGCCUAGGGUGCUUUGUGAGGGGUGAGUGAGUAAAAGCACUAAAAAGAGGCCCUGGGAUGUGAUGAGAGCUGUGGGAAUACUGCCAUUGUUUCCUCUUUGAUGCCUGUGAUGUUAAAAAGCAGAAUAAGAAGAUGAAGUCCAGGGUGUAAGGAGAGGGCGCGGAUCGCUGGUGGUACAGAUGGAGACAGAGCUUAGGACUGAAAAGCCUCCCUGAGGAGGCAGGUGUGAAGAGAUUGGAGGAAGUGAUGGUGCUGUGUCGGGUCUGUGGGUGAUGAUGCAGCCAAGCUCAUCCAGGGCUGUAAGGAGCCGGCCGAGAGCUUUUCAACACUUAACAGUCACAGGAGCUCAAUCCCUGUGCGGCUUUGCGCUGACCCUCCCCACCCGACUCAAACCACUGCAGUUCCCUCCAGGGUCUUUGGUCCUCUUCCUUGGUCUGCCUCUUCCCGGAAAGCCUUCCCACGGAUUCAAGAGUGUCCAGGCCUUCAGGAGGUGGUCUGGGCUGGUGUCUCCCAUUUCCUAAAAGCCCCUGUUUAACAUCCAUGAGGAUGCUCGUUUCCACUGCUUGGGCCGGGCCUUCUCGCUUCAUUUGACCCUUGUUAAAAUGAACAAACCUAACAUAGGCAGUAGAGUAUAAGUUGUGCAGCUGCUCUAACAUCCAGCUCUGCCACCAUCAGCUGUGUGACCUUGAGCAAGCUGCUUACCCUCUCUGUGCCUCAGUUUCCUCCCCUGGAGAAACGAUGCAAAUAACAGACCCACCUCCCAAAGUGUAUCUAUCUCAGAAGGAUUAAGUAGAGGCUAAAUGCCUGCCUCUUGGCCAUUUGCAGUGUUGACGUUAUCUUCAAGUGCAACUUGCCACCAUGCCUUCAAGUAGAAAGCCAGCAUCCCCUGCCAUCCAGAAAAAGCGUUUUCUAAAACACAGAAAUUACUGUUAGGCAUGGAAAAUAAUUUCCUGAGCUACUUCCUCCUCCCUUUGAGUUCAAGUCUACAGGAUGCAGCCCAGCCCCAGGCACUGGCCUUCAGCCCCUCAGGGAUCUGACCGACAAACCCCUCCAGCUUCAUCUCCCCCAACCCUUGCUCUAGCCACAGGGUGACCAAGCACGGCCACGGGGCCCGGCCUCUUCUGUCCCUUCUGCCUGGCCUGUCGAUCUUGAGAGCAGUUACAGGGUGCAACAAAGCAGGCUCUGGCCUCAAAUUCUGCCCGCCAUUUCCUUUCCGUAUGACACUGGACCCCAUCUGGGCCUCGGUGUUCUCAUCUGUAAAAUGGGGACACGACCUAUAUCUUAGGAAGACAAUUCAGUGAGGCAUAAAGCACGGAGCCUGGCUCACUGUGCAGGCUAUUAUUAUUGUUGUUGUUGCUGUUACAUUCGCCACCUGCUAAAGUCAGGGCUCAGCAUGUCUUCCCAUUUCCGGAGCUGUAUAAAAUAUAGUGCCCCCACUGGCCAAAUAACAGCCAUCGUCGCCCCAGGCAUUGGGCAUGCAUGGCUUUAUCACAGUGUGUCUCUGAAAUUCCUCGCUGACUAGCCUGUGAGGGAUGGGGGUUUAUCCCCAUUUUACAGCUGAGAAAACUGAGGCUCACAGAUGCCCAGACUGAUAGAGCCAGGAUUUGAGCCCCAGUCUGUCUGGCUCUGAAUCUGAAAUCAAUUUUUCCUCCAUUGGAGCUCAGAUCCCAGUACCUGACACACGGGUCCUCACACCUGUACCCGUGUAAUCCACCCCCCAGGCAUGCUGUAUAUGUCCCUACCUACUUCCAAGAAGGAGUUAAAGAGACUUAAAAUAAAACAUGGAUACAAUAAAAAGAAUCUGUAUUACAGAGAGUGAAAACUUAGGGUCAGAUAAUAACUGAUGGUAGGAGAGAAUAAUUAUACCCGGCACUAAGGCUAUGGGCAGCUAUGACAGUUGAAUGGAAAAAUGAGGUCUGAGCUUCCUGGUAGUCAAGGCAAAAAGGGGAAUAACAUGGGUUUGACGGCACUGAAUUGCCAAUAAAAGGAAGCAGCUCUGGAGAUCUUUUCCUCCAGCUCUGAGCUCUGAGGGGAAUCAUCCUGCAGGUUUCUAUACAGUGAAUGGGGGAUAAAUGGUGACUUGUGUCCCUGGUAGCACAGCUCCCCAACCUUGGAAGUGGGAAGGAACAUCUGAUAGAAGCUGCUUCCUGCCUCUGCCUGUGCCAGGGGUCCACACCUGCCUUCAUGGGGUUCUCACAGCUCCUUGGGCUCAGCAUCAUCACGUGUCCUUUACAGACGAGAACGCAUAGAGAGGCCUCGACUCCCACGUAAGUUUUCUUGGUUUGUGGGGGAUAGGAAUCUCAGAGCCAGCGCAGACCUGCCGUGCUCCUAAGCUCUUUCCCCUCUGCUGCACUGCCCAGCUCAGGGAGGCCCUGCCGCU